CGCAGCACCUCCUGGAGAGCUCCAAGAUGGGCGACGGCGCCUUCGUGCCCACCUUCCUCAGCACCUUCCGCGCCUUCGCCCGACCCCACGACGUCCUGCGGCUGCUGCUGGCGCGGAUGGAGGAACUGGGGGGGGCUCUCGGGGGACCCCGACACCCCGGCGGCGGCUGAGGCCAAGCGGGCGCUGGCAGAGCUGCUCCCCCGUUGGCUCCAGGAUUACCCCGAGGACUUUGGGGACGCGGCGGCCGUGGGGUUGGCGGAGCGUUUGGGGGCGGUUUUGGGGCCGGACGCGGCCGUGGGGCAGUGGCUGCGGGAGCUGCGGGACCCCACAGUGCCCCCCGACCCCCCCGGGGACCCCUAUGGGGACGGGGAUGGGGACGCGGACCCUCUGGAGAUCCUAUCCUUCCAGGCACAGGAGGUGGCCGAGCAGCUCACGCUGACCGAGGCGGAGCUGUUCCUCCGCCUGCGCCCCUAUGAGUGUUUGGGGUCGCUGUGGUCCCAAAGGGACAAGAAGGGCGGCCAUGGCGGCUGUCCGUCCGUCCGCGCCACCGUGCGCCACUUCAACCGCGUGGCGGCCGCCGUCGUCACCUCCUGCCUGGGGGGCGCGGGGCUGCGGCCCCCCCAGAGGGCGCGGCUGCUGGAGAAGUGGAUCCGGGUGGCGCAGGAGUGCCGCGCACUGCGGAACUUCUCGUCGCUGUGCGCCAUCAUCUCAGCUCUGCAGUCCAACCCCAUCCAUCGGCUGCGGCACUCCUGGGGGGAGAUCAGCCGCGAUGCGCAGCGCAGCUAUGAGGAGCUCAGCGCCCUCUGCUCCGAGCAGAACAACUUCAGCGCCAGCCGCCGCCUGCUGCUGGGCGUUGUCCCCUAUUUGGGGACGUUCCUGCGGGACCUGGUGAUGCUGGAUGCCGCCAUGAAGGACGAGGUGGAGGACGGGUGGAUCAACUUCGAGAAGCGCCGCAAGGAGUUCGAGGUGUUGGCGCAGCUGUCGGCCCUGCAGUCUUCGUGCCGUUCGUACCGCCUGCAGCCCCGGCCCCACUUCCAGCGCUGGCUGUGGGGGCUGCGAGUCCUGCCUGAGGGGCACAGCCACACCCUCUCGUGUGCCAUCGAACCUCCGGGGCCGCCCCCGCUGUCCCCGCGCCCCCCCCGCCCCACGUUGGUCAUCACGCACUGCACCGACCCCCUCCCCCCAGAGGUGACCCCAACGGUGCCGUGGGAGCGGCCGUGUCCCGCAGCACUGCUGGGGGCGCCCCCACGGGAGACCCCAACAUUGGCGCAGCGCCCCAAAUGGCCGUCAGUCUCAUCUCUGGACGCCCCCCCCGCCCCCGCCGCCCCCCCGGCGCCCCCCCCGGCGCCGUCGCUGUCCCCCCCCCGCUGCCACCGCCGCUCUGCGUCCUGCGGAGCCGCGCUGUCCCCAUCGGGCAGCGACUGCCGCAUCGUCCGCGUCCGCAUGGAGCUGCACAACGGGAGCCUCUAUAAGAGCAUCCUGAUCACCAGCCAGGAGAAGACCCCCGCAGUGGUGACCAAAGCACUGGAGAAGCACGGCCAGGGGGGGGGCUCAGCCCCCCAAUUCCAACUGGUGCAGCUGCUGCCCGACCACCGCGAGCUCCCCCUGCCGCCCUCCGCCAACGUCUUCUACGCCAUGAGCGGGCAGAGCUGCGACUUCGCGCUGCGGCCGCGCGGACCCCAACCCCAAUAAAGGCGUUAUGGCGUUAA